CCCCGCCGCUGCUGCUGAGAAGCGUUGGCGUGUCAGGAACGCCUCGAGGGCAGCUCCCUUUGGCGGCUGGAGGCUUCUGUUGGGGAAAUGGGUAUGAUGCUGGCUGCAGCCUUUAGAAUUGGUUUCCCAACACUUUCCAGCCGGCUACGAGGACGGACACAUCCCCCUGUGUAGCGAGGCCUCUGUCACGCCCGAGCUGUUGUUGUGUUGUUCGGUACGCUCACGAGAAGAUCAAGGAGUGCAGCAGUGAACGUAGCAGUGACCUAUCGAUGCAUGUGUUCUCUCUCUGCGGAUUAGUCAUAUAUGGCGAGCAGCAACGCAGUGCCAGCCAGCCAGGGCGGCCGCUCCGUCAUUCUCGAGGGCAUCGAUAUGACGCUGCCGACGGGCACCAACGGGCCGACCAAGCGCCUCGUGCAGCGCAUCCUCCGCCGCAACGUUACUGCUGCUGGUGUGGCGAACCUCACCAGCCGAGGCGCUGAUGUGAACGUCGCCGUCACGCUCAUCUACCGAGACGAUGCUGUGGCGGUUCGUCUGAGCGCCCUCGCUCUCGCCAUCGACACCAGCAGCUACUUCUCUCCACUGGCAUGUCGGAGUGAGGGCGCAUGCGUCAUCCUGCCCCUCUGGCCGACGCGGCAGCAUCAGGAGGACAUCAUCACGGCACUGCUGGCGGGAGAGGCCUACAUCGACGGACACUACGGCCACAACUUGAUGCCCGUCCAGAUGGCCAAGCAAUCCCUCAACCUCACAGCGCUCAACGCACUCCUGACCAACAACGCCGAGGUCAGCAACCUUCCGACACCCAUUCUCUUCACCGUCGACGGUCUUCUGCCCCAAUCCGAGGCCGAGGAGGAGGCUCUGACGGCGAUUACUCACCGCUUGCUGCUGCACGACCCCUCCCUCGCCACCGAGACGGACGUCUUUGGCUUCACACCUUUGCACGACAUGGCCAGCCUGCGGCUGUCUGAAGGGUUCAUCAACGAGUACAUGGACACGCUGGUGAACUUUGGCGCCGACGUAACAGCCGAAAACGGACAGGAAAAGACGCCCCUGAUGUCUGCAGCCGGUUCUGGCGCCUACUUGCCGCUGCUGUAUCUCUGUCAGCGGCUCACUGCUGCUGACAUCGACCACCAGACUCACUUCACACACAGGACUGCUCUCAGCUUUGCUGCACGAGGGCUGCAGUGGGGUAUCGAGAGUGGCGAUCCUCCUGAAAAGCUGAACGACGACCACAAGAAAUGCAUCUGCACGUUGCUGCGAUAUGGCGCCAGCAUCGGCCUGCUGCCCACUGAUACCCCAGAUAGGCUCCAGCAGUCGUUGGUGCUGGAGCAGUACGAGGCCGUCCUCAACGAGCUGCCGUCCCACGUCAUGGCCGCCAUCAACGCCGCACUCGAGCCGCAACGGGACACAGCCGCCCGCAUCGGCUGUCUGCUGCCCAUGGCGCCACACCAUGACGGUGCCUACCCCCACCCCUCCCCGUCCAGCCUCUCAUUCGGGCCCCAGGAGGCCACAGCCAUCGCAUGGAAGAUCGGCGCAUUCUCCCACGACCCUACAGCUGCCCGUGCCGCCAUCGACGAGUACCUGGUCGCCGACUCUCAGCUCAAGCGCCGCGUGAGUGCUGCCGUCGACCACUUUGUCGAGCAGGCGGCGACCAAGACGGCGGGCAAUGCGGAGGUGGUGGGCGCGAUGGCCGAUGUGGAGGGCGAGACGGUGCGGGUGCCGCUGCAGUGCUUCGCCAUCAAUGGGCAGCGCGCACACAGGCGGCUGGGAGUGCGUGAGGUGGUGCAUCGGGCAAGGCUGGACGAGGCGGCCGCAUACAGCCUGACGGGAGUGGUCAAGGGCUUCAACACCCACCUCGGUAAUGACGAUUGCAGUUUUCAGUGGGGGCAGCUGGGCCAUGUCCACCAGUCUGGUCGCUUCGUGCAGCUAGCUAUCAGCUGACUGGGAGAAGGGUGGAUGGAUGGAUGGAUGGAGCCGUGUUAAGCCUCCUGUGUACUGUACGUGAUUAUGUCUUGUGUUGCAUGGUGCGCUGCGUCGUGUGAUGAACGGUUUUGCCUUGUGUGCAUGUCCGUGAGUGAAUCGAUGGCUCCUGUUGACAGGAGCCUCAAGUGCCUGCAUUGAACGUGCCUUCAAUCCU